UGUUUUUUUUUUACCAUUUCAUAUAGCAACACGUUAUAUUGUGGACAGUUUCUAUAGUGAGUGAAGUGUUAAAAACUUAAGUUAAAAGUGGUGUAAUUGACGUGAUGUCUAAACAAGUCGUGAAGCUACUAAAUUUUUCCCAAAAAAAUUCAAAAGUGAAAAUGUUUUGUGUUUCCUCGUUGGAUGAGCUGCUAUUGAAAGGUGCUACUGCAUUUGCCUUAAACGGAAUUUGUGAAAUCGUUACAAGCUCAGAAGACAUUCUUUCGGACGACGAAGUUUUGUUUAUGCUGAAUAGUCAAUCGGAGUUUCUCUAUAUUCGAUUAAGUCAAUCUGAAAAUGACGGACAACAGAGUAACGAGACCGUAAAAGAGGCCGGGCAUCAGAGUAUUAUCGAGGCCGGGCAACAGAGUAAAGAAACCGGACAGGAGAAUAACGAGGUAGAGCAACAGAGUAACGAGACUGGACAGGAGAAUAACGAGGCGGGACAAGAGAGUAACAUGGCAGCGUGUUUCCCCGUUGAUGAUAUUCUUAAACAAGGAAGAAUUGGUGUUAAAGGAGAUACAGCUAUUGAAAUAAUCGACCGACUCAAAGCAGUGGACUACCCCAAAAGUCGUUGCCUUGACAAAGAUCACUUUUUUCUUGUUAAGGCCACUGGAACUUGGUUUGAUGAAAAAUUACGCGAAAAUUUCCCUACAUUCAACGAAAUUUUAAAGAUGGCCAAAUCAAUUGUCUCUUUCUUUCCAUCAGCUGGUAGUUUCAACACUGAAUCACCGUGGGUAUGA